ACUAAUUCUCCGGACCGGAAACCAAACAAGGAAUCUGAUUUGAACGAUCUUACGUGUCAUUCCCAGUUUCAGGGAGUUUCAGUGGAACAGAAAACCUUCCGGAGACCUCAGGUCACCGAUCCUCCGCUGGUUGCCGCCUCAACAUUGAUGAGCUGUGGUCACCCCGGUAACGGUUGCUAACGGCAGAAGCAUGAAGGCUUUGAUUCUGGUGGGGGGGUACGGGACCCGGCUGCGACCGCUCACCCUGAGCGUCCCCAAACCGCUGGUGGACUUCUGCAACAAACCCAUCCUGCUGCACCAGGUGGAGGCGCUGGUCAAGGCUGGGGUGGACCAUGUGGUUCUGGCUGUGAGCUACAUGUCGGAGCUGCUGGAGAGAGAGAUGAGGAUCCAGGAGCAGAGGCUCGGGAUCCAUAUCUCCCUGUCUCAUGAGAAAGAGCCUCUGGGAACAGCGGGGCCGCUGGCUUUGGCUCGAGAGCUGCUGAACGUCGACAACGAGCCGUUCUUCGUCCUCAACUCGGACGUCAUCUGUGAUUUUCCCUUCAAAGACCUGCUGCAGUUCCACCGCAACCACGGCAAGGAGGGAACCAUCGUGGUAACACGGGUGGAGGAGCCCUCUAAGUACGGUGUGGUGGUGUUCGAGACCGACAGCGGCAGGAUACAUCGCUUCGUCGAGAAACCUCAGGUCUUUGUGUCCAAUAAGAUCAACGCUGGCAUUUACAUCUUCAAUCCCAGCAUGCUCAGCAGGAUCCAGCUGAGACCGACAUCCAUAGAGAAAGAGAUAUUUCCCGUCAUGGCAGAAGAGGGGCAGCUGUACGCCAUGGAGCUACAGGGUUUCUGGAUGGACAUCGGUCAGCCUAAAGACUUCCUGACAGGGAUGUGUAUGUACCUUCAGUCGGUACGACAACACGCUCCUGAGAGGCUACGCACGGGGCCCGGUUUCCUAGGCAACGUUGUCGUGGACCCGACAGCGCAGAUUGGGGAGAACUGCACCAUCGGCCCAAAUGUCACCAUCGGUGCCGGCGUGGUUGUGGAGGACGGGGUGAGGAUAAAACGCUGCACGGUGAUGAAGGGAGCGCGGGUUCGAUCGCACUCCUGGCUGGAGAGCUGCAUCGUGGGGUGGAGCUCCUCUGUUGGCCAGUGGGUUCGUAUGGAGAAUGUGACGGUGUUGGGGGAGGACGUGAUCGUGAACGACGAGCUUUACCUGAACGGCGCCAACGUCCUGCCUCACAAAUCCAUCAACGAGUCGGUCCCAGAGCCACGUAUCAUCAUGUAGCACCGAGGGUGGAGGAGAGAAAAAAAAGCCCAGCGCCUUUUUAUACAAACUCGACUGAACACCCAAACUGUGCCAGAAAGAGAGGGAACGAAAGGAAGCGUGGAGGCAAAGAGGAGGAGAGAAAAAGGAACAACAGAAGGAUUUUCUUUCUCUUUUUAUUAAUUAAUUUGGACUCGUUUUUUAGCCCUACUUGGCUGCACCGUCCAUCAAUCAGAUCUAACAAAAAGCAGCCUGGCCCGUCAGGAAGGUUUAUACUUGUUAAACUUCUGUCAGAGCUGCAGAAAAAACAUCCAACACUAAUGUGGCGGAUGGUAAAAGUCACUACUUUAAUAGAGAAAGGGCAGAGGGAGGGGGUUGAUAUACCGGGGCUGGUUGUCUGUCAGAUGGUGGAGGGACUAAUGUGAAGUGUAUUUGGGGGGGAAGCGGGGUUUAAAGAGUUGAUAUGAACACUGCUGUUUAGACUCACUAUGCAUUUACAUUGCCUGGACAGCCACAGAGUGUCAGUGAACAGGCACUGAGGGAUCAUACUACAUCAUGUUUGCUGUAGCAGAGACUGGAAUCAUGACUGAUAACGCUGAGAUUUAGGAUCUCACCUAUUAAAUAAAAUGCAGUAUUGGUUAUAGUAUAAAUCCGGAUUAGUAGGUGAGUUUUUGGCCUCUUGCAGGCAGCAGAACACAAACACAUUAACACAUUAUCACCUUUAUAGCGCUGUUAUAAGCAAAGAGUUGCUUGUUUACACAUCAGAGGAACAAUGUCAUCCAGUUGGAGUCAUGUUUGUGACCACCUGAUGAAUGUAAUUUGACCCAUUUUUAUAUCAGAAUAUUGAUUAGUGGAGCUUUAAUCUGUUGUAGAGUAGGUGUCGAGUGUGUCUUUUUGCCUUGGUAAACUUCUGUUCUGUUUUUGUUGUUUCAUUUUAUCAUGAAAGCUUCAAUGCCAAACUAGUUUGUGUAAAAAGUGAACAAAAUGUAGCUUUUUAUAACAAACUGCAGUUUAUUUAGUCAGUUUACAGAUAUUUGAGUCAGACUGAAUCUGGGAUAUUCUACUGGAGUAAUGCAUUGUUUCAACAUGUCUUUCAUUCAUGAUUAUGUGUUUCUUAAAGAGUACCUGAACAACCUGUGAAUAUCUGUGUGAUGUACACGUGUACUCCAGGACACUCUGACAUCACUGUUGGGUGUAGUUACAGGUGCAACAGAAGUGAAACAGGCUUUAAUCUUUUAACCAGCAGUGAAGAACUCUUUAAAGAGAGUUUGAAGAGAAAAGGUGAAUUCAGUAGUCUGAUUCAUUCUGAUCUGAUUGUCCAAGAGAAGCUUUGAUGAAUCCUGUUUGGGUUUUUCUCUAGUGGGGCUAAGCUGUAAAGGGUUGGUGCUAAAGUUAAGGUCAUCUUCUCUAAAUCUUCUGUACGGUGGCCAUUUUAGCUCGGCCCUACAUUGUCAGGAUCAGCUCAGCUUUCAUCAGUCUAAGCUAUGUUCUGUCAUCUCAGUUACAUACAGCGAGUAUAUGAACAGGCAACUAUUGGAUGUUAACAUACUAAUGUUAGCAUGCCCUUUUAGUAUUGAUCUCAAGCUGAGGCUGUUGGGAGGACAGUCUUUACUUUUAGAAGUAUCUAGUAAAGUAAACUGUUAUUUACUGUUGGACAAGUGAAAACUUUGAUUCGAGGAUCACCGAAGUCUUUGGGAUUCAUCCUUUGGGGAUCACGAAUUUCUGAACCAGACUUCAGGGCAAUCCUUCUGAUAGUUGCUGAGAGAUUUCACUCUUUGUGUUUACUUAAACAUUGUGAAUUAGAUUUAUUAAUGAACAAAAAGGGAAGAGCCUGUUGAAGACAGAUGUCACUCCUCCUACUCAAAUGAAGAGGAAGAAUAAGCCCUGCCUCUCAAUCUCUAUGAUUUUAAUGUUCAACAGGGAUGACGUUAAAUCAAUACACGCCUGAUAUUGUAAAAUAAAUGGUUAAACCCCGACAGCUGGAGGUUUCUGGAGCUCCUCGCCAUGUUUUUGUACUGAGGUGUCUUCUACAUUUGACUCGUUACUGACCAUGAACACACGCAGCAGGUGGUUCCACCUUGUUAUGCAGUUAGUGAUUAACAGUAUUUCGAACACUGAACGUCUAAAGACUUUAACUGUGUAUGAAUGAAUGAAGUCGACUCUUGUAAUGAAGUCUUUUUUUUUUUUUUUUAAGAGAAUAAUAUAAUCUACUGACCACAUUCACAUCUCAUUGUCUCAUUAUUUCAUGUUUACUGGUGAUGGUUCGUCCUACGCAGCCUGUGAAUUCUCACUGAGAGUUUGGAGACUACAGACGUAUAAUAGAAAAGUCUGUGCAACUGCAGGUGUUGAGAUUGAAAGAUGUUAAUGUUAACUAAGCAAGGACGGUCUAAUGAAGGAUGUUAUCAAGUUUUAUGGGAAAUGUAGGAUCCAGGAUGAUUUCAGAGCAAAGUCAGGAUAUCUCUGCUGUACUACAACUGUUCAGAAGAGCAACAUUAAAUCACUGGAGUAUAUUCUUAUAGAAUAAAUCACAAUGCACAGUUUUAGAAUAAA